AUGAAAGAAAAUAUUUCAGAAACAUGGCUAGUUAUGAUCACUGUGAUAUUAGCCACUGCAAUAUUUGCAAAGUUGAUUGAAGUCAAGUUAAGGAAGGAAAACAAAAGCAAAUGCAGAUUACCACCAGGAAGGAGAGGCUGGCCUUUGAUUGGUGAUAGCAUCAAUUGGUACAAUGCUGUUGCAAGUUCUCAUCCCCCUCAGUUUGUUGAAGAAAUGGUGAAAAGGUAUGGUAAGAUAUUUUCUUGCAGCAUAUUUGGAAAAUGGGCAGUGGUGUCAGCAGAUCCAAGUUUCAACCGCUUUGUAAUGCAAAAUGAAGGCAAAUUAUUCAUGUCAAGUUAUCCAAAGUCUUUCAGAGAUUUGGUUGGCAAAAAUGGUUUGAUCACAGUGCAAGGAGAGCAACAAAGGAAACUACAUGGGAUUGCCUCCAAUAUGAUGCGCCUAGAGAAGCUUAAGUUCCAUUUCUUGAAUGAUAUACAAAAGGUCAUGCUCCAAACUUUGAGCAAUUUUGACAAUAACCAAGUCAUUCUUCUCCAGGAUGUUUGUAGAAAGGUAGCUAUAAAUUUAAUGGUUAAUCAACUAUUUGGGGUUUCAACUGAGUCUCAAGUCAAUGAAAUGGCUCAGUUGUUUUCUGACUUUGUUGAUGGUUGUCUAUCCUUUCCCAUCAACAUCCCAGGCUUUGCAUAUCACACUGCUAUGAAGGCAAGGGAGAAAAUCAUAAGCAAGAUAAACAAUACCAUAGAGGUACACAGACAAAAUGUUGGUCCCAUAGUAGGUAAUGGAGUACUUGGAAGACUACUAGAGGAAGAAAGCUUGCCAGAUGAUACUGUUGCAGACUUCAUCAUCAAUCUUCUCUUUGCAGGGAAUGAAACAACCACCAAAACAAUGCUUUUUGCAAUUUAUUUCCUUACUCAAUGUCCUAGAGCCAUGAAGCAACUUCUGGAUGAACAGGAUUCUCUAAGGAGUAAUUCUGGAGAAGAAUUUCUUACAUGGCAGGAUUAUAAAGCAAUGCCAUUCACUCAAUGUGUUAUUGAUGAAACACUUAGACUUGGAGGCAUUGCAAUUUGGUUAAUGAGAGAAGCUAAAAAAGACAUUCAUUACCAAGAUUUUGUGAUUCCCAAAGGGUGCUUUAUAGUUCCAUUUCUUUCAGCAGUACAUUUAGAUGAGAAUGUGUACAAUGGAGCUCUAAACUUCAAUCCUUGGAGAUGGAUGGAACCUGAAAAUGAGGAAAAUAGAAACUGGAGAACUAGUCCAGUCUAUGCACCCUUUGGAGGAGGUGCUAGAUUCUGUCCAGGAGCAGAGCUGGCUCGUCUUCAAAUUGCUUUUUUUCUUCAUUACUUUGUAACUACCUACAGGUAA